UCGAAAAUAAAUUAAAAGUGGGUAGAAAACGGAUAUAAUUUUUUUGGAAGUGGGAAUUUUUUUUUUAUUUUUAAUAUGAUUUUUUAAUUAAAAUCCAAUUUUUUUUUAAAAAAAAAUUAAAUUGCCAACGGUUAUGUCGUUGGCCAAUAAGAAGCUGUCACGUCGCCUGCUCGCUGGCACAGACGUGCUCGAUGCAUUGAGCAGCGCCGUGCCAGCGGCGGACAGCUCAUCUGCGUCGCUGGCACGGACGGACGGACGAGCUUGUGCUCGCAGAUGUGAAUGCUCUAAUGCUUGGGAGUUUAAAGGUCGAUGAAGCAUCAUCGUCCCUAUUAAUAAGGUUGUAACAGCCUCUCUUUCUUUUUCUGGUUUUAAUGCAAACAAAGAAAAACACCACAGAAAGAGACAACAAUUACGUUUCACCACUCCCAUCUCCACCACCACCACCACCAUGGCCACCACAACCUCCUCCGUCGUGAACGGUGUGAAGAGAAUAAUCGUGACCGAAUCGGGAGGUGAGUGAUCAUGGCGGACAUAGUGAAGCAGAUCCUCACGAAGCCGAUCCAAUACGCAGAUGAGGUGAUCAAGCUCGCGGAUCAGGCCAAUUUCAUGAAAAGCGACUGCAGCGAGAUCAAGGUGAGCAUCCACGGAUCCUAUAAAUUUUCAGAUAUAUGUGGUAUAAAAUUAUACCAAAUGCGCCUUCUCAAAUAUAGAAUUUUUUUUUCUUUAUAUAAUGAAAUCCUAGCUACGUCCUUGAAGGUGAGAACGGAGAAGCUUGCGGUCCUCCUCCGCCAGGCUGCCCGCGCGAGUGGUGACCUCUACGAGCGCCCCACGCGUCGCAUCAUCGAGGACACGGAGCAGGUCCUCGACAAGGCCCUCGCCCUCGUCUUCAAGUGCCGCUCCAACGGCCUCCGCCGCAUCUUCGUCAUUGCCCCCGCCGCUGCCUUCAAGAAGGUCCACCAGCAGCUCGACAACUCCAUCGGCGACGUCUCCUGGCUCCUCCGCGUCUCCGCCCCUGCAGACGACCGCGACGACGAGUACCUCGGCCUCCCCCCCAUCGCCGCCAACGAGCCCAUUUUAUGCCUCAUUUGGGAGCAGAUCGCCAUCCUCUGCUCCGGCAGUUUGGAUGACCGCGCCGACGCCGCUGCUUCUCUAGUAUCCCUCGCCCGCGACAACGACCGCUACGGCAGCCUCAUUAUUGAGGAGGGCGGCGUGGUGCCGCUGCUGAAGCUGCUCAAGGAAGGCCGGAUGGAAGGGCAGGAACACGCGGCCCGGGCUAUCGGGUUGCUCGGGAGGGAUCCGGAGAGCGUGGAGAUCAUCGUCAACGCCGGCGUGUGUCAAGUGGUGGCGAAGAUUUUAAAAGAAGGCCACAUGAAGGUGCAGAUUGUGGUGGCGUGGGCGCUGUCGGAGCUCGCCGCGAACCACCGGAAAUGUCAGGAUCCUUUCGCUCAGCACAACGUCAUCCGCCUCCUCGUCAGCCACCUCGCCUUCGAAACCAUCCCCGAGCACAGCAAAUACGCCAUCGCCACCAACAAACAAUCGAUCCACUCGCUUGUAAUGGCGAAUUCAAACCCUAACCCUAAAAGCAACGACACAGAGGAAAAGCAUCACGGCGUCGCCGAUCACCCCAAGGCCAAUCAAAUGCCUAGCCAAAUGCACAAUAUCGUCACCAACACCUUGGCUAUGAAAUCCACAAUGUUGCCGGUGCCGCACAACUCCGCCGCAUCUCCAUCUCCGAUCAGCCACUCCGACAUCGGCGAAAAAAGCGGAAAAUCAAAUAAACAGCAGAGUCACCAGUUCAUCAAACAAAACAAAGGCCAUGGAUUACCAGGAUCCAGCAUCAAACGGAGAGAAUUCGAAGAUCCGGCUACAAAAGCAGAGAUGAAAGCGAUGGCAGCCAGAGCCCUACGCUACCUCUGCGCAGGAAACGUAUCCGUAUGCAAAAGCAUAACAGAGUCACGCGCUCUGCUCUGCCUCGCCGUACUACUAGAAAAGGGGGAAAUCGAAGUGAAAUACAAUUCCGCCAUGGCGUUGAUGGAAAUCACCGCCGUGGCCGAGCAGGACUCAGAUCUGAGACGAUCGGCGUUCAAACCAACCGCUCCGGUGGCGAGAGCGGUGGUGGAUCAGUUCCUCCGAAUCGUCGAAAAGGCAGAUUGCGAGCUCCUGAUCCCUAGCAUAAUGUCAAUUGGAAACCUAGCGAGAACGUUCAGAGCAACGGAGACGAGAUUCAUACCGGCAUUGGUGAAUCUGCUAGACGACAGGGAGCCGGAGGUGAUCUGCGAGGCGGCGGCGGUGCUGAACAAGUUCGUGUGCUCGGAGAAUUUCCUACACGAGACGCACAGCAAGGCGAUCAUCAAUAGCGGAGGGCACAGGCAUGUGAUCCCGCUGAUCUACUUCGGGGAGCAGAUGGUGCAGAUUCCGUCGUUCAUACUGUUGUGCUAUCUAGCGAUGCACGUGCCGGAUAGCGAGACGCUGGCGCAGGAAGACGUGUUGAUAGCGCUGGAGUGGUCGACGAAGCAGCAGCAUCUGAUGCAGGAUGAAGGCAUUGUUACGCUCGUUUAUGAAGCCAAGAAGAGAUUCGAGCUCUAUCAAUCUAGAGUCUCCAAACAGUACCACUGAAUUUAUGUAUAUAACUCCAUGUUUCGAUUCGAUGGAUCAGAUAAGAUUAAUCUAA